AUGGUUCGAUUAGAAGAAAAGUCAACCGCCCCCAGCUCCCCUACCUUUCCCAUCCCUACCGACUUCUCUCCUCAAUGGACUCCGGCCAACCACACCUUCGCGCUACCGGCCAGUGCCCGCCGCCGGCCAGGCUACCUCUCCGACCCCGCCGCCUUACCUCGCCGCCGGAUCCAUCCCCGCCGCCUUCCGCUGCCGCUGUCCGGUGCCCCUGCUUCUCCGGGCUCCGGUCGCGCCGCUAGCCGCCGCCCCCAACCUCUCCUCCCGCCGCCCCUGCAAGCCCACGAGGUGCACCUCCCGCCGGGUAACCUCCCCCGCUGCGUGCGCCUGUCAUCCCUGCCUCCCCCGCCGGACCCACACGCCACUGUCGCCCCAGCGCUCACACGCCGCCACCGUCCAGAGCUCUUCCCGCCGUGGCUGCCCCUGAUUCCACCAACAGCCGCCGCCCCAGGGUCAGCCCCCUCGAUCUCCGCCGCCGACGCCAUGGGUUUGACCACCGCCGCCAUUGGAGCUCCCGCGCCCCAACACUCUCCGGCGAGAGCGGCGCCUCCCGCCCACACAGACCACCUGGAGGUCCACGCGCCGACGACUGGAGUUCCUCGCGCCCCCGCAGCUUGGUAUGUGUGCCGCCCCUGCAUCCGUUGCAGGCCCCUGCGCCCCCGCCAUCGAUCUCCAGACCAUGGGACCUCACUUGCAGGGAAGUACAAUUGGUGCAAAUAUUAUUAUCUUGUUUUUUCUUAG